CGUUGCGCCGUUGUCAGAUCGCACUGCGCGCGCGAGCGCGGCUUGUGUACGGGAUCACUGGCGCGGAUCUGCGCCCGCGCAAGUCACACCAGCGGGCGGGGUAUCGCAGUUGACGGACCCCGUGGGGGACGUACACGAAAGGGAUGCCGUCCCGAAAAAAGGGGGGGGGGGUAGAUUGAACUGUGAGUGGAGGGGUUGGGGGGACSGGGGGGGGGGGGGGGGGKGUUGUGGGGAACCCCUCUCAUGUCUACGGGCGGGGGGAGCAAUCGAGGCGUAGCAGGGGGAGGAGAGAGAGGAGAGAGCGGGCAUAAACUUCAACAGGAAAUCGUCAGCACGGUUCUCAGGAAGAUGACGAGGAAGACGACGACGGCGAUGGUGAAGACAGCUGGUAAGGUUGCUCUGUAGGUACGGACUACACAGCAGCAGGAAGGGGAUCAUUGCCUGUCUCGGGCUUGAUGUGGAUCGCGCAAUCGACGGGACAGGCGUAGAGAGAUAAGAGAGAGAGAGAGAGAGAGAGAGAGAGAGAGAGAGAGAGAGAGAGAGAGAGAGAGAGAGAGAGAGAGAGAGAGAGAGACGACAAAAUGGGGGGCGACGCCAUCGCUGCCUGCGGCAGUCUAGCCAGCCAGCACGUCCACAUUGGCAGUCACGUGCCAGCUCACUUAGCGGCUCGGAAUCUACAGGUUGCUGAUGGGGAUCCUGUUUUUUGUCCUCUAGCGGCCAGAGCAGCCUGUCCUCCUCCUCGCCCUUGGCAGCAGCGAAGGCAGCUGUUGUUGCCGCGAAAGGCAGUUGUUUUUCCCCUAGCCGGUAGAGCAGCCUGUCCUCCACUUACCGGCAGCGAAGGCAGCUGUUGUCGUCAACGGCGGGGCCAGAGAAGCUGGAAGUGGCUGGGUUUAACGCCCACACGUGUCAUUCUGAGAGGGCAGUUCAACACACGUGGCAGGGCGCUCCAUUCCAAGUCUGAUGAUGUCAAUCAACUAAUCACCUGCUCGUCUUCUUCGACGGAAGCUGAGGACAACGGGGACACGUCACCGGCCCAAGAAGACCUGCUCAAGGGGUCAGAUACAGCUGAUAUACGAGGGUUAGGAAUAGGAGGAGGAGGAGGAGGAGGAUUAAGUAAAGAGCUGCAGAAAGCUGUGAGCAAAACAGCGACUACGUUUGCCCCGCGCGCUUCGGCGCCAUCUAAGAAUCCGGCGGUCAAGGGAUCGAUUCUCUACACUAUCUUUGAAGUACAGGGAUGGCUUUGUAUUCUGCUAGGAGGAGCGUUAUCUUUUAAUCUACUGUUUCCAUCCGAUCAUCCAGAUAUCUGGCGAUUGAUGGGUAUGUGGUCGGUGUGGAUGUUUACGAUUCCAUCGUGGCGGGCCAGAGAUUGCUCGAAAGAGGAGAAGGCGGCUCUCAAUAACUUAUUUCUGUUGAUUCCAGUGAUCAACGUGGCAAUUCCCAUUUUCUGGACUUCGUUCCCUGCUGUAUUUUCAGCUGAUGUGAUUGCCCUCUUCCUCGUAUAUGCCUGGCAAUUCAAAUGGUUUCAGACCAAUUAAACGGACUGCUACUUAUCUUUUUGUUCUUUUCUUCUUGAUAUCUCAAUCUCCAAUACUGGAGCGGUGGGGAGUGGUGUCGUGCAUUCUUGUACAUGACUCAAAACCAAUGUCUUGUUUGCUGUUUCGCUGCUGUUUUCCAUCUUCCGCUGGUAUGAUUUCCUUCCUCUCCACUCUCCUCCUCCUCCCUUCUUCUCCUCCUCCUCCUCCUCCUCCUCCUCCUUCUCCUCCUCCUGCGACCAUCGCUGCCGCUCCUCUUCCUCCUCUUCCUCCUCUUCCUCCUCUUCCGCCUCUUCCGCCUCUUCCGCCUCUUCCUCCUCUUCCUCUUCCUUUCCCUCCUACUGGUGCUACUUCUACUAUGAUCUUGCUACUGCUACUCAUCUCUGCGUGUACAUAACCUCCUCCUCCUUUCCGUCUAUCUUCUCUGACUAUACUGCAACUACUGCUAAUGCUGCUAGUGCUGCUACCGUCUUCCCCCGAACACAACGCACCCUCGUUUUGACUGUGUCUGGAUGGAAAGAUAGUCUGUAUACAUUCAUUGUCUGGAUGGAAAGAUACUCUGUAUACAUUCAUUAUCAGGUUGCGUUAUGUUCGGGGGAAGACGGUACUGCUGCUAAUGCUGCUAGUACUGCUAGUACUGCUAGUACUGCUAGUACUUGCUAGUACUGCUACUGCUGCUACUGCUGCUACUGCUGCUACUGCUGCUACUGCUGCUGUUGUUUGCCGCUGCCCCUACUACCGCCACUGCUGUUGCUACCACUGCUGUUGCUGCCGUCUUCACCGGAAUAGAACGCCCAUCGCUAUGGCUGUAUCUAGACAGAAAAUUGCACGAAAUGGAGCUACAAUGACCGGGCGUGCUACUCGGGUAGCACUCCUAAUAUUCCUGGUAGUACUCUUCCUACGGCUGCCGCUGCCGGUACUACUACAACUGGUGCUGCUGCUACUGCAAAAAAAAUAUUGCUGCUACUACUGCUGCUAUUGCUGAUGCUGAUUGUUGGUGCCGCUGGUUUCGUUGCUCCUACUGCUGCUGCUACUGCUGACGUUCGUUGUUACUACUACUACUACUACUACUACGACUACUACGACUACUACUACCAUUAGUGCUACUAGUACUGCUAGUGCUACUACUGCUACUAUGACUGUUGCGGCCAGUCUUGUUGCUGUCGAUGUGUCUGCGGAUGCCGCUGCUGUUGCCUAUAUAUGCCUGGAAGUUGGGUUAAUUGUGUAGCAAAGGAGUUGAGGGUUUGGGGGUGAAAAAUAUUUGCAUCAUCCCCUUGAAAAGAAAAGAGUGAGACGUGGAGGCAAUUACGGUC